UGCUGCGCUGACGGGAGGGAUGAAUAAAGUGGAGCACGACGCGAGAUACGAUUGCCGCGGGAUGACUUGUCGUAAUCGCGCGUAUCCUGCGCUCUAGCUCACGGGGAUGUGCGGGACAACGUGACGGCGUGUAAAUCGCGCGGAUAACUCGGCGCAUUUUGGCGAGGUUUAAUCAAGACGCUUGAGAAUGGCGUCCAGGAAAACGAGGAAGAAUCACUCGAUACAGCAUCUGCUCGAGUUGCCCUCGAACCGGGAGUCGAAAUUAUCGCGGUUUCCCGUGAAGGAGCAACUGCCGCCGUCCAUGCCAACCCCUCGGCAAGUUCCGGUGACCGUGUUGCAUCCCUCUCCGAAAAAGUUAUAUCUGAGCAAAACACGGCAGGCUGCCUUCUCGGCCGACUUGCAGCAGUCUCUCUCACGAACAGUCAGUCCAACCGCACGCCAGCAAGAGCCGUCCCUAGUGAGGCGGGAAUAUCCCCGCCAAAUCAUGAACAAGGUGGACGAUCGAGUCAGAUCACCGGGAACAUCACGAUGCCUGACCGCUACUACCAUGUCGCUUUCCAUCUCGCCCUCUAGCCCCGAAGAACCUGUUACGCUGGUGGAACUGACCAGCGUGCCGGGCGGACAGAAUGCGAUGGCUCAUCUCAAAAAGCGGAAGCUGGAAGCAGAGUCGGUCACGCAGAAUCCUAAACAAACGCAGCAGCCGUCGCAACAGUCGCAGCAGCAAUUGUUGAUCGGCAGGAAGGGCUUGCAGACGAGCGCGCCGCAAGAGAUGGAGAUGACUGACGCUGCUACGAAGCGGAGGAGGAAAAGCGUUCGUGAGGAUGAUGUGCGAAAAACGAUCGACGUCGUUGAUCCUAACAAAAACAUACCGUUGCCCCAGAAGAAGCGUGCGUUUACAUCGGGUAACUCGGGUAGUCCAGCCAGGAAGUCGAGCAAGCACAGCGAAGAGCCCGAAGACGACGAGACCCUCAUAAGAGAAACGGAGGCCGCGUUGAAGAGUCUGUCGGGCAGUUGGCCGGGGCCUAGGGGAUCCUUGUAUCAAAGAGGCAAUUCGGAUGAAGAUAGAUACGAGUCCAACUUUGAGAAUCUCUUCGAGGAAAAGAAAGAAAAUCCUAAAUUGUCACCCUCGUCGAUAUCAACAUCUUCGAGUACGAGCAACGACACCGGUUGUUCGUUGAAGGACGUGAUAACUCUUCGCGGGCAACAGGAUCGAUCGGGUAAGAUACAAUCGAGUAAGCAGCAAGAUUCGAAGCAACAACAGCACCCGACCAAAAUUAAGAAAGACCUGGACAAUCUGCUCAAGAUAGAGAACGAAUGCGCCAAUAUUCAGUCUCAAGUUAACAACGUAAAUCAGAACGAACCGCCGAAAAUUAGACCGAUUUCCGUUCGCUCGUUGUCAAGUAAAGAGAGGAAUGAGAGGAACAUGGUGAGCGCACACAUUGACACUCAGGGAAGGCAAUCAGACAAAUAUUCCAGGUACGACCCGCCAGAUUUUAACGAGUUAGUCGAUGAUUCGUCCAACGAACUAGAAAUUGACAUGUCGGAUCCGGCGGCUGACAAGGACGAGGGUGAUCGGGACAGGUCGAACGACCGGGAGCGGGAUCGGACGUGCAAAAACGGUCAAUCACCUCAAAAUAUUAGUAGACAACAGCAGCAGCACCAACCACUUUACACCAACUAUCAAAGACAAUAUAACGAUAGCAAUAUGAAAGUCUCGUCUGCGGGAACUACGUCGUCCUCGUCGCCGCCAGCGAGUUCUCCGUUUUCGGCAACAUCUGCCUUCAGGCCGCCUAACACGGACCAUUCGAAAGCGUCGUGCCGCGGCUCUUCGUCGGUCCCAGUAGCCACUUCGGCGAUUCCACCGAUUGGCCCGUAUCCAGCCGCCGCUACAUUCGUCGGAUAUCCGACGCCCGGACCAACGAUGCCAACGCCGCAGCCUGUGCCCGGCAUCUCGCCCACGUCCGGGGACAAGUCUACAGUCUCAUUAUUGCAGCUCAAGUCCUCGAAGGAGGAGAGCCAUCACGUGACGGCUCAUGACGUAGCUACCAAUUCUGGGCCUCCCAGCAAAAGUCCUACCGGCGGCCUACCUUCCGUCACGAGUCCCGACUCCUCGAAACAAUACACGAUCCUUCAGCCCGCGGGGGUGGGCUCCAGGGCGGCCAGUGCGAUUCAGGAUAUCGCGAGGGAAGGGGUGGUGAGUGUUGCCGCUGUGAGCAGUUGCACCACCGCGAACAGCGGCAGUGCGAGCAACGUCAACACCGCGAAUGCGAACGGCAACGGGGUGGCCGGCAAUAAAACUACCAACGGGAACAACGGCGCUAAUGACAGCAGCAGUACUGCGAAUCCUGUCGGGAAUCCUAAUGCAAACAGUAUCGCCAGUAUAACCAUUACGACUGCGUCGACGACCACUACUACGUCUAGUCCGACAGUCGCUGCUGAUGUGCCUUCGGCGAACGGCCAGCAGGACAAUGUCAUGAAAAUGCCAGAGAGACCCGGUACCUUCGAUAGUGGCAGGCCGGGAAUGUCUAUGUCUCCGUCCAGUCUCGGCAGAGAGGGCAACAAGUGCCCGACCCCAGGCUGCACGGGGCAGGGUCACGUGACCGGACUCUACUCUCACCACCGCAGUUUUUGUGCUUACAGUCUUUCUGGAUGUCCACAGAAGGAUAAGUUAACUCCAGAGAUUCUGGCGAUGCAUGAGACCAUAUUGAAAUGCCCGACGCCUGGUUGCAACGGCCGCGGUCAUGUCAGCUCCAAUCGGAACACACACAGGAGCCUGUCCGGAUGUCCCAUCGCCGCGGCUAAUAAGCAGGCCGCACGCGAGGCACGACAAAAGGCUCAAGUGCCAGGAAUACCACCAGAGUACAUCAGCACGAAUCUGUUACCCCCAUCAAUGGACACGAAGAGCUAUUCGCAGUACGGCUCGGCAACGCAAGACACGAAACCCGUACUGAGCAGCCUGACUUACGACUAUUAUUCGUCGACGACGAAGAACGCCGGGAUUAACGUGAAGCCCCCGAAAACGCCGGAGGACAACAGCACAUCGCGUCCAGCGAAGGUGCCCAAGACGGAGAACAUGACUCUCAGCAGCAGUUGCUGCACAUUAUCCAUGAGGAAUCAGAACACGGGCGACUUGUUGGUCCCCAAGACGGAGGAUGCCGCGUCCUGCAGAGUGAACUCGCCCCCGCCACCGCCGCCGCCCGCGGUACGGCAAACGUACGAUUCUUACAUGAGCCAGGAUUCCAACUCCUCAUCCAUGUCGUCCAUGGACGCGAUGGGCUCGAGGUCGUCCAUAGGCGCGACGAUCCACCACCCUGGCCAGCAUCCGACGCAUCAUGUGCUACCGAUGCAGCCGGUCGCCUAUCCGAUGCCGAUGGUGGAAGACACCAGAAUGAGCCAUCAGAUGUCCCAAAGGUCCCCUUACGAACCCACCGCUAUGAUGGCUGCGGCAGCGGCCGCGGCAGCCGCCGCUACCACUACGGAAGAGCUUUAUCAUCACAGAUCGGCCGAACACGCGAGAGCGUAUAUGCAUCCUGGCGCUAGUAAUAUCGCACGACCAGUGGUAACGUAUUCCAAUGACAUAGCGGGUGGUAGAGGCUACGAGAAUGCGGUAGUGAGCGCGGCCAAUCAUCGACCCUACGAUCCUGGUACCACCGCGACGUACGAAAGAUACGACACACAGUCUUGCGCGUCAAUCCCGUCGCAGCAACAGCAGCAGCAGCAGCAGCAACAACAGCAGCAGCAGCAGCAGCAGCAACAGCAGCAGCAACAGCAGCAACAGCAGCUUCAUUCGAGGGCAAAUAUGUAUUAUCUGGGACAAACCGGCAUGACGCCAGAAGAGCAGGAACGAGUUUAUCAUCAAGAAGCUGCGGCGGCCGCGCAACAACAUCAGAUGGCGAUGGCUGCCGCUACGGCAGCCGGAAUGAUAAAGACUGAAGAUGGUAAUUUGUGCAAAAUUGCCUCCGCACGUGUUCAAGACUCAUAUGUAACUGAAGAUCACAUCUCCAUGAAUGUUGCAGUGAAAUGCGUUACGGUCGCGCAAAUGCAGCAAAUGCAAAAGCCCGGUGGACCGCCUACCUCGCCCGGGGGAUCAGUGAUGGAUUUGUCUACCUCCAGUGUUACGUCCACUAGCCCGCAGGCACCACCCUACGGUUCGAACAGCCUCAGUCCACAAUACGGAGGGGGGCAGACGGUGGGAAGUAGUCCUCAGGCCGCAGCGAGUCCCCACUUGACGGCUAGCCCUCAAGUUCCUAGUCCUCAAGGCCAGACUCUCGAUCUUAGCGUCAAUAGACUCCACAGCGGUGCACCCAGUCCGCAGUAUUCUACCGGCCACGGGGAAGCCGUCGCAGUUCCGGUGGGUCCGGGCUUCCCAGCCCCACGACCGAUCGAAGAGCAGACUGAGCCCGUUGAUUUCUCAACGGCGAACGAGCCGGUCAAUUUCAGCGGGGGUCCGGGAAUCAGGCCUGUACCCGGGUUUCCGCCGCCUGGAGUGCACGUCACGGCGUACAGUCGCGAGAGCACACCCGACAGCGGGGGUUCCCACUACAUGGACGCCUACCGAGACCCCACCGGUUACGGGCCCAUGAGUCCUCACCCAGGAUACGGGAUGACCGGCGUUCAACCCGAAUAUCCUGGGAACACGUACACCCCUUAUCCAACUGCAGGUUACAAUUGCGGUGGAACUUACCCGGGUGGCCCGGUGACUUCCGGUUAUCAGAUUCCAGCGGGUUACACCCCGGCGCCGUGCUACAGCAUGCCACCCCCGCAGCACACGGUUGGACCCCUCGAUAAACCAUCCGGCAAGGACGACAGCCUCUCCGGAUGCCCACGUGCCGACCGCUCGCAAAUCCAGGCGCACUCCCAGGAGCUCAAGUGCCCUACGCCAGGCUGCGACGGUUCUGGACACGUCACGGGAAAUUAUUCGUCCCACAGAAGUUUGUCCGGCUGUCCGCGGGCCAACAAGCCGAAGAGUAAACCUCGAGAUGGUCAAGAUUCUGAACCUCUGAGAUGUCCAAUCCCGGGUUGCGACGGGUCCGGCCAUGCCACUGGCAAAUUCUUGUCGCACCGCAGUGCAUCUGGGUGCCCGAUCGCGAACAGGAAUAAGAUGCGGGUGUUGGAGUCCGGCGGUACCGUGGAGCAGCACAAGGCGGCCGUGGCUGCCGCGACGGCUAUGAAGUUCGAGGGUGUCAAUUGCCCUACGCCCGGAUGCGAUGGACUCGGUCACAUAAACGGCUCCUUUCACAGCCACAGAUCCCUGUCGGGCUGCCCGAUAGCCAGCCACGCCGUGAAGAAACCGAAACCGGAGGACAAUAUGAGCAUGUACGGCAGAGGAAUCACCGGGUUGGAAGCCGGUGGUCCGGCUCACGGGGGUGCGGUAGGCACGGGUCAGGGUAACUCGAGCGGUAGCGGGACCGCCGGUGUUCAGAGCGAGGAUCUCUACACACUGGAGGCCGAGAUCACCGAGCUCCAGAGGGAGAACGCCCGGGUCGAGUCGCAGGUCUUGCGCUUGCGCUCGGAUAUCACCGCUAUGGAGAAUCAGCUGAAGCAGGGAGAUAAGGACACCGUAACGAUAGCGCAGCGCAACAACAAUCUGACCGAGUACUACCAGUCACUGCGUGACAACAUGAUCACUCUGCUGGAGCAGGUGCGAAUACCGAACGCCCCGGGCGGGCCGCAGGAGAAGAUGGGCCACGAGAACUUCGACAGCUACCUGACGAAGCUGCAGACUCUGUGCACCGCCGACGGCUACUGCGCCGACGAGAGCAACCGGCCGAUUUACGAAACGGUCAAGACCGCUCUGCAGGACUUCACGGUCCUGCCGACACCCAUCUGAGACCAUCCUUAAAGAUCGACGAUCGGGUACUGAGCGUCGCUCUCGGGACCCGCGCGACCAAGCGAUCCGGCGUAUUCGUGACUCAGCGGGCCGCAGCACGUUCCGCUCUCGUCCACCUCGAGGACACGAGUGCGAUGACGGAACGGUGCGGGAGAGAACGGUGCCCAGUUCCCGUAUUAAACGUACACACGCGCAUAGGCGCAAGGUAUCAAGUCGACGUGAGAGCACGCACCUCGGAUAGAGAGCAAGAGAAAGAGCGAGAGGGAUUGAUUCUCGAGGGAACUGCGUCGAUCGUGACCGAGCUCCGCGGAUCGGCCUAUCGACUUGGGAGGAACCCGGCUCCGUGACGCGUGUGAUUCAUCCGGAUGUUGUGGCGGAUCAUCCGGCCGUUAGCCGUGCGUCACGCGUACCUACUACACACUUGCGUACGUCGCUCGCGUGAAUUUCGGACUACGUCACUUGGCGACGUCAGCUUGCGAUCACGUGCGGAUCGUCGGGUGACGAUGCCGGUGAAAGUCGUCGCGGCCGGUCGAGCAUGACGACCGGCCCGGGAGGCUGCUUAGGAAACGCUUAAUAACGGCACCUAACCGGUACGACGGCUCCGUCGGAGCAUCCGAACUGAGCGAAACGGACUACCACUUUGCGGGGGUUGCGACGUUGUCCCCGUAACGAUAUAUAUCUUUUGUACAUAACGAUGUCUUGCGUCAAGUAUCACGAUCGACCGCGCGGCCGCUGUCGCCGCCGAUGUACAUACACAGCGGGAGUAAUUGCGUUUAUAUAUUAUUCGACAGGUUGAUGGUCAAGUCGCUCUAAGUCGUGUAAAAAUUCAUUCGCGUUUUAGCUACGUAUCGGACUCUCGCCACACUCAACGUUGCGUAACUGUUAUCGCCGUUUAAGCGAGGUCAGCGUUUUACGAGGACCGGUUCCGCCGACGACGCUUAUCUGCUGAAAAUCCAAAGGCUACUUGCAACUACCGAUUUAUCGGCUACCUACCACCUAGUCACUAUUAUUAUUAUUGCUAUUAUGAUCAUCGCAGGUAUUAUUAUUAUUACUGUAACUGUUACAGCCAGCCGGAUCUCGUUUUUAGCGACUAAAUCAAUCGUCAUUAUUGCUACCAUUAACUCUUACUACUGUCGAUAAAAUAUAGUCACGAAGUAUACCAACGUAUUUAUAUAAUAUUAUCGAGUCUAUAAGAAACAAAAGCGCGAUGCGUUGUCCAUAGGCUGUACAUAGUCACAGAGAUAUACAAUUAUUAUAAGGACAAGAAUCGUUGCCGAUAACGAGCUGCGAUUUUGGUGCGACGACGAAGAAAGAGGAGGAGAGAGAGAGAGGGAGAGAGAGAGAGAGAGAAGGAAAAGAGAGAAAUGCUCACGAGGUCAUGCGUGACCUCUUCAUCAACAGCUGUCAAUCGUAAGUCCGAUGCUCUGUCGAAUUUAUGCUUGUUCGAGGCGAUUGAUUCAAGUCUCGAUCGUGUUUCAUCAAGGACACAAGGAAGGACCGAGCCUCGCGUCUCUUCACGACACGACGCGACCAAUUCGGUCGGAGAAUAUUCGUUCGUAUGUG